AAAUUAUACCCACAUCGAGCUCCAGUGACUCCGAGUUACACAAGAUUACCAAACCACCUUGGAUCAAAGUAGGGUUCCUGGAGUCUGGCCUAGUAGCACUGGGCACAUGAUAAUUGCAGGUCCUGCGCUCUCACACACACAGAGACAGAUGUUAAUUUAACGUGUAUGUCAGCAGGGGGAAAAAAUCGACAGGGAACCUACAAACGUAAUAUUGAUACACCUAGCCAGGGCAUUCAAACCUAUGACAGUGUCCAAGACACAACUGUGUCAUCACAGUGCCAUUCCAAUUAGAAGGUGGCCUUUAGGAGUAAAGCAGCUGUAUUCUGUGAACGAUGACCUGCCCCACUGCAACACACUAACCAUGCAAUUUCGAUGCAACACGCACACAACCAGGGCCGACUCAAGGAUAUAUGGCGCCCCCAGGUCGGUGUCAACUCGACCUUAGCCAAGAACAGGCCCUGCAGGUCACCAUACUGUGAUGGCACAGAUCACACACGACAUCGUCUUCUCUUUACAUAUGUGGCCGCAAGGGUUGGCCAGUUUCAGAUGAUCUGUUAAAUUUGAACAUCAGCUUAAUAGAAGGACUUCAUACCUGAAGCUGCAUAUCACCACAUUAUAAUUAUAGCGCCCUGCCGUUUGCAGUGUUCGCUGUUAGCAUCCUACUCAGUUCAUCACUGUCACGGUGUACGAUCUCAAAGAAAUCGAAGUGCAAGAAAGAAAGCAGCGUUGGUUUUAAAUGGUACAAAAUUUUCUGCGCCCGUUUGAAAAUGUCAAAGAAAUACUGCAUCUAUCUAAUAGGGAGUUAGUAUCGAGCUGUACCUUGCAAAAAUACAAUUUAAAAAUUUCCUCCAUAAGAAUGUCAAUAGUGAAGUCUUUUCUGAAAAUCAACACCAAUUUCUAACAAAUUUUGAAAUGUCAAAGAUUUUGGCUUUGCCAAAAUUCCAAAUUAAAUGCAAGGAUCAAAUAUAAGCGCUCCUUCUCAUGUCUAGAGCGAGUUCUGCAAUUUCAUUAGGUCUUUCCUUCACGCAACGUGACAAUUAAGCUUCCGGGUCACUUGCGUCAUUCGCGCGAGUGUUCUUAACGUUGGACCAAUGAGAGGAGUCUGCGUGAGAAUUCCUUUAGUCUGAUUGGCCCACGCCACCCCAAAUGCCAGCGUGUUAUUGAGCUGGCAUGUCAUUAUCACUAUGUUAAUAACGUGCAAAAGAAACAGCUCACUUUUAACAGUGCUCGUCUUAUUCAUGUUUGAUACAUUUAAAACAAUACACACACGCCACAGCAUUAAAAGGAGAAGCUAAAUAGAAGCGGAAGAAAACGCACACUACAGAUAACUGGGUGAUGAAACAAGUGUACGCCGUUUAUUUCAGCAAAGUACAGAAAUGAUGACAACACGAAACCUGCCCCCUUCCACUUCCAAAAGAAUUAAAAUGGUUUCCCUGGUAAUAGUAAUACUUAUCCUCCCUAUUGGCGUCGCUGACAGAGCUCAAGAGACAUCAGCCCUUACGGUUACGCAGAAUGACGGCAUGGAUGAGGAUGUUCAAGUAGAUGAUGACCUGGACCCUGAAGAUCUGGAAGUAUUUCAGCCUACAAAUCAAUGGCAGUCUCUCAAGCCAGGCCAAGCAGUUCCUGCAGGAUCCCACGUGCGUUUGAACCUCCAGACCGGAGAGAGAGAAGCCAAGCUACCUGACAGCAUAAAAGAGACCACUGGACUAAAUAGGAACAAGGUCACAGCUAAAGACUCACACUCCUUUUCAGCUCAAGAACUCAAGGAGGCUCUGAAAAAGUUAAAAGAAGAGGCAAUCAGCUCUGCAGAUGAGGAGGCACAGGCAGCUGUUCGCUCCCAAUAUCGGCCACUGGAGGAACUAAAAAAAGACCUGGAAGAUCUGAGUGCAAUGAUGGAGACUGAUUUUCAGGUCAUGACAAGGCUUGUGCAGCAGUUUAAUAAUUCACAGGCCUCUCUGGAGGAAAAGGUCACUGCACUUCUUGAUCUUGAGUACCUUGUGCAUCAGGUUGAUAAUGCUCAAGAUUUGAUCUCUCUUGGGGGCCUCCAAUUGAUUAUCAAUACACUUAACAGUUCUGAGCCCAUCUUGCAAGAGCAUGCUGCCUUUGUACUUGGUUCUGCUGUCUCUAGUAACCCACGGGUUCAAGUUGAAGCAAUGGAAGGAGGAGCGCUGCAGAAACUGCUUCUUUUACUAGGUACUGAUCAGCCCCUACCUGUCAAGAAGAAGGCACUCUUUGCUUUGGCCUCCCUUCUACGUCACUUCCCCUUUGCACAACAGCACUUCUUGAAGUUGGGGGGAUUACAGGUGCUGACGGCAUUAUUUCGUUCCCGAGGGAGUGAGUCCCUGCGUGUGCGUGUAGUCACUCUGCUAUAUGACAUGAUCAUUGAGAAGGAGCUAAUCUCGCAGUCUGGACUGGAUGCUGUCCCAGAUGCCUCUCAUGAAGAGCGGCUACGGCAGUACUCCCAGGUAGCACUUCUUCCCCUGUUGUCUGAACAAGGCUGGUGCAACCUCGUCCCUGAACUGUUGGCCUCCCCAGAGCAUGACAUGCGUGAGAAGGCUCUGCGUUCCAUCCUUGUAAUAAUGACGCCAUGCAGAGACUUCUACCGCCAGGAUAGUGGGCUGGCCAGCUUUUUGACUUCCAUCCAAGAACAGUACACUGCACUAGCAGAAAGUGAACGGGAGCACGGAGAAGAUGAUGGCUACUUUGGUGAACUGCUGGCAUUGGUUGAAAGUGUUCUUGGAAAGCUGAGGUAACACUGGACGGAUAGACUGUUGUCACAGAAGAUGGAGUCACAAAUUUGGAAAUGCAAGAGUUCUCCGAAAAUGUUACCCCUUUAAUGAUAUUUAAUUGUUUGUACGUUUAAAUAAUGUGGACGAAGCUGACAUUCAGUUUCAUCCACAUUAGUUUUUUGAGGGAGUGUUUGUUUCUGAGGUUUAUCUCAGUCUGUCCGUCAUUGUACACAACAGAGAAAACACCCAACAAGGUGUAUGAUGCUCAUACACAUGCCCAGUGAAGGGAGUAUAGGCAACAUGGAGUGCUUUUAAAGAAGUAAAACCAAUAAGACUUGUACCAGAAUCCCUCCCUGUGUGUGUCAAUAACUUGCUGUAUUGCUCACACACUUCUUUUCACCCUCAUGUCUUUACCUGGUCACCGUUAUUCUUGUCAGUGAACCUUUGACAAAACUUGGCUCUGAAAUUGAGACUGUGGAUUGGAAGACUGAAAACCUUCUUUAAGGAUCUUAAAUCACUAAAAAGUGUAUCGAUGCAAUCUUUGUUAAAGUAACAUUGUGUUGUCCAGACAUUGUCUUGCUGUAGUUUCUUAUGGGUGUUUAUCACCAUUUCAUGAUUUUAAAUUGCAGCACUCCAGACCUGCCAUCACAGCCCUGUGGUCAACUUUAAACUACAGUGUAAAGCAGUUAUCAUACACUUGACCCAUGGGAGACCAAAUCCUGGUUAGUUAUCCCAUGAGUGUAUGUGGAACGGUCUUCAUCUUGAACUUUGUUUUGGGAGCUUAUGCUUUUAUUUCUUCACCAAAUCAAAACAGCUUGCCUGUCUAUUCUGUAAAGUAGAUUUUAUAACAAAACCAGAAUCGAUAAAGGCCAUUAAAAUAAUCGGCAGGUUUUCAACCAAAACUUUUAUUCACAGUUUGUGCAGAAACUUUCAGUAAGAGAGAUUCAUGGUGUUCAGAUGUGACGGUUUGGUUAUAUAUUCACUGAAGGGAGGCUGAUAUCCUGUCACCGAAUUAAAUUAGAGACAAUGUGGAUUGUGGAUUUUUUCAGUGUGCAUUCCCUUGUGUUGCAGAUGCUUGAAAACCCUGGAUUAGUCCGUGUAAUUAAUUUGCUUUAUUACAGUUUGUGGCAAUCGGUUGUAUGCACUUCUUUUGCUUUAAUAAAUUAUACUGCACUUGGUAUUUAUUUUUUUA